AUGUCAGUUAGGUCAUACUUGGUGAGCUUGAAGCAGGCAUUGAACCAGAGGGUACUUAAGACCCCUUACCGUAUUGUUACAGGUAAUCAAUCGGCAGAUAUGGACUCUGUUGUAUCAGCCAUAACUUUCGCAUACUUGACAUAUUCGCUAAAAACACCAGACCAGUUUAUAAUUCCAUUGAUCGAUAUUCCCAAAACUGACUUUGCUUUGAGAAGAGACAUUAACAUGCUUUUGCAAAACCAUGGUAUUUCUGAGGACCUUUUAUACUUUGUUGAAGAUUUCAGUGAAUUUUUGGACGAAAGCACUUCAGUUCAUUUAUCUUUAGUUGAUCACAACGGAUUACAAGGGGUUGAGAUUAACAAAGGGUUUGAUGCAGGACUCAUAAAUGUGGAAGCUAUCAUAGACCACCAUGCAGAUGAAGGAAUGUUUGAAAAUGCUGAUCCUAGAAUUAUUAGAACAUGUGGUUCAAACUCGACGUUAGUAUUUCACUACUUCCACGAUUUAACGUCAUGUGAUGAGAAGUUUUGGAAAAGCAACAAGGAUGUGAUUGAAUUGUUGAUAGCCCCAUUGUUAAUCGAUACUACCAACAUGACACAGAAGGUUGAAGAUCCUGAUGUCAAAGCAAUGGAUUUUUACAAGACAAUCUUAGCGGACAACACAGUUAAUUUUACAACACAAUCAAGCUAUGACAAUUUCUACAAGACAUUGAAAACAGCAAAGAAGGAUAUCAGCGGAUUCAGUUUCGCAGAUAUUUUGCGAAAAGAUUACAAACAAUUCAAAUUUCUCCAUGAGGACAGAGUUGGCUUUAGCUCCAUCAGCAAGCCUUUGCUGUGGAUUGCAAGCAAAUAUUCCGUUGAUGAUAUCAAAGAGGAUCUUGCCAAUACGUUGAAGAUGAAUCAGAUUGAAUUAUUGGUCAUUACUGCAUCUUUCACUCAGAAGGAAACUGGCAUUUAUACCAGAGAGUUUUGCUACUACUACCAAGGACAAAACGAAAAAUAUGCAGAAUUGUAUAAAUUGGUUUGGCAACAGCUUGAGUUGAGCACAGACUUGUACAAGAUCGAGAUUAUCAGCUCCUUAACAAAUGCUGUUAACGAUAGGGAGUCCCACUUAAAGAUAUAUAACCAAAAGAGGGUGACGGCUACACGGAAGCAGGUAGUCCCGGUCGUGAAAGAGGUGUUGGAAAGGUGA